AACUAGCAGCAUUUGCCAUCGAAACAUCGAAUACUUUCGAACUUAUCAAAAUUGAGCGAUUCUACUUGGAUGAAUCGGCACGCCAGAGGGCAAAAUGUUGACGUCAUGCGAUGAUGGAUAUACGAUUACGCGAUCAAUUUGCGUACGCGAACCAACGAAUCUUCUGGGAACGAGGGUGUGAGAUCUCAACGCCCGGAAGGUGGUCGGCUAAGGCAAACUUCGGCGCCUUCUCCCUGGGAUUGGGGCAAAAUUGAACGAGGCGCUUCUCGCUCAGAUACCAAUAUAUGGAGGGGUUGGAUCAGUAAUUCCUCACUCUGAUUUUGAGCAUCCAAGCAACAACAUGAAUUGUGUGGUCGUAGUUCUCGCCCUUUCCGGUCUUUGCGCCGCUGUGCCUGAAGCCGACCCACAACUUCUCUUGGGAAACCCUCUUCCCCUUGGUCCUUCUUUCUAUAACGGCCCCUUGGCUCCUUUGCCAUUGUCUCCUCUGCCCUUCGUGCGUUCGGCCCCUCUCAUCCCCGCCCCCGCUGUGAUCCCUCAGCCCACCGUCCGAGUGGUGGCUUCUGUUCCCACCCCCGUGUACACCCCUAGAGAUUGCGUGACCGCUGGAGGAUGCGCCGUUCGUGCCUUGAAGGAUGCCGGUUUGGCUCCCGGACGUUUCCGUCGCGAGGCUGAGGCCGAAGCCGAGGCUGACCCCCAAUUCCUCGCUCCCUACAACCUCAACCCUUAUUACGCUGCCGCUGGAGUUCCCGCAUAUGCCCCUGCUUACUAUAACAACUUAUACAACGCUAAUUUGUACAAUGGUAACUUGUACAACGCCAACCUGUACAACAACUACCCGUACAAUUACAACUAUGCCCCUUUGGCCGCCCCUCUCCCCGCUGUGAGGGCAGCCAUCCCCGCUCCCCUCCCCGCUUUGAGGGCAGCCAUCCCCGCUCCAGCUCCCGUUCCUGUUCUGAAGGCGGUUCCCGCACCCAUUGUCAAGACCGUGGUGGAGCAACGCAGUAAGCCCGUGACCUACACUCAUUUGGGAGCUCAUCCCAUCCAACCUACCACCGUGCUGGAGACCGACACCAUUGUGUCUCACCAUCUUUAAGCUGUUACCUAUUGUAAGACCAAAACAGUUGCUGUGCAAUUUCACACUUGAAAAACAAAAAUGCUCAAAAAAUAAAAGUCACAAAAUUCA